AUGGAGAACAUCAUAAUUAGCAACUUAUUACUCAGAUGUUUCUCUCUCUCGAACCCUCAUAUCACCAUUGUAACACCUACUUUGAUCAUCGUUGUUCUUCUGAUCUAUUUGUGGAUCAAACCCGUGCCCGUUUACCUCGUCGAUUUCGCCUGCUACCGGCCGCCUGAUUCCCUUCGCGUCCCCGAAUCUCACUUCAUCGAACACUCGGAAGCCGCCGAUGUCUUUGACCAAGAGAGCUUGGACUUCCAAGAGAAGGUCUUAUGGAGAUCAGGCAUUGGAAGCGAGGCUUGCAUGCCUAUUUCAGUCCAUGAAAUGCCUCCUGGCGAUUCUUUCCACGUCGCAAACGCCGAGAUCGAACAAGUUCUCUUCACCAUCGUUGAAGACCUCCUCUCCAAACGAAACAUAAACCCGAAAACCAUUGACAUUCUCGUCACAAACUGCAGCCUCUUUUGCCCUACGCCGUCGAUUUCUUCGAUGAUCAUAAACAGGUUCGGAUUCAGAAGCGACGUGAGGAGUGUCAGCCUCGGCGGAAUGGGCUGCAGUGCCGGGAUCUUGGCGAUAAGUUUGGCGAAAGAUUUGCUAAGAGUUCACAAGAACUCCUUAGCUUUGGUUCUCAGCAUGGAAGCUGUGUCUCCCAAUGGUUAUACAGGCAAAGAGAAAUCCAUGUUGAUCGCCAAUGUCCUGUUCCGAAUGGGCGGAGCGGCUAUCCUCUUAUCGAACCGAAAGACGGACAAGUCGACGGCGAAAUAUGAGCUCCGACACCUCGUCAGAACGCACACCGGAUCAGAUGAUCAAGCUUACCAAUCCGUUUUCCAAGACGAAGAUGAUGACGGUAAAGUUGGGGUGUCAAUCUCAAGAUCACUUCUUCAUGUCGCCAGCAAAGCCCUAAAAAUCAACGUGUCCAAGUUAGGCCCUUUGGUGCUACCGUACUCCGAGCAACUCCGCUACGCGUGGAUGACGGUUCGGCGGAGAAUUAGGCCUCCGCCGGGGCGCCGCGGCGGGGGGCUUUUCGUUCCUAAUUUCAAGAAGGCCUUUGAGCACUUUUGCAUACAUGCAGGAGGAAGGGGUGUGAUUGAUGGUCUUGAAGAGAAUCUAAAGUUGGAGAAGGAAGAUGGAGAGGCUUCAAGAAUGACAUUGUAUAGAUUUGGUAAUACUUCUUCCUCUUCAGUAUGGUAUGAGCUGUGCUAUUUGGAGGCAAAGGGAAAAAUGAAGAAAGGAGACCGCGUUUGGCAAAUUGCUUUUGGGAGUGGUUUCAAGUGCAAUAGUGCGGUUUGGAAAUGCAUUUCUCAUAUUGAUCCCAAUGAGCUAAAUGCAUGGUCCGACAGGAUCAGUUUGUUUCCGGUUCAGAUCCCAAACGGGUCCCAUUGA